AUGUUCAAAAGAUACUUCAGCUCCUCCAUGGCCAUGAAAUCCACCACGCCAAUAAAUACAACCCCGCGCCAUUUGGUGAGCAUUUCGCAGCUCUCAGCUGAGGAAUUCAGUGCCUUGGUUACCAAGGCUCAACACUUCAAAAACGUUGUCAGAUCGGGCGACUCGGCCGAAAUCAAGAAGAACCACGACAAGUUGCUUGGCAAGCUUGUGGCGCUUUUGUUUUCGAAAAGAUCCACCAGAACCAGAAUCUCGUCCGAGGGCGCUGCUGCUCAUUUUGGUGCCCAGCCCAUGUUCUUGGGAAAAGACGACAUUCAGCUUGGCGUCAAUGAGUCCAUGUACGACACUACCAAGGUUAUCUCUCUGAUGACAUCGUGUGUUUUUGCACGUGUCAACAAACACCUGGAGAUCCAGGAAUUGUGCAAGCACUCAUCGGUGCCCAUCAUCAACUCUUUAUGUGACAUGUACCACCCGCUCCAGGCCAUUGCCGAUGUGCUCAGUAUCAAGGAGGCUUUUGGCAAGACCCAAGGCCUCAAAUUGGCGUGGAUCGGAGACGCCAACAACGUGAUCAACGACUUGGCAAUCGCCGCGUUGAAGGUCGGGAUUUCCGUUUCCGUUCUGGUGCCUGCCUCAGUCACGUUCGAGCCUUCCAUCGUGGGUGAGGCCGAGAAAAUCGUUUCCGAAAGCAGUGGUGCGGUGAGUUUCGAGGUCGUGAAUGAACCUCUCAAAGCUUUGAAAGACGCCAAUGUCAUUGUUACGGAUACGUGGAUUUCCAUGGGCCAGGAAUCUGAGAAGGCUGAGAAGUUGAAGCAAUUUGCCGGAUACCAGAUCACCCAACAGAUGCUCCAUGACGGACAGGUGAACGAGAACUGGAAAUUCAUGCAUUGCUUGCCAAGACACGCCGAGGAAGUCGCGGACGACGUCUUCUACUGUGACAACUCCAUAGUUUUUGAGGAAGCCGAGAACAGAUUAUACGCCGCCAUGGCGGUCAUUGAAGCUUUUGUCGUCAACAAGGGUGACUUGCUUAAAUAG